CCGGUGCCGCGGCUCGGCGCGGCCCCCCAGCCAGCGCCCCCACCCGGAGCCGAUUACCUGCAAUGAUGAAAUGAAGUAACUCAAGAUGAGCAAGUUAAAAGUGGUAUCAGAGAAAAGCCUUGCCAAUAAUUCUCGGAUUGUGGGACUCCUGGCUCAGCUGGAGAAGAUAAACACUGAAUCAGCAGAAUCAGAUACUGCCAGAUAUGUCACAUCAAAGAUUCUUCAUCUUGCUCAAAGUCAAGAAAAAACGAGGAGAGAAAUGACAGCCAAAGGUUCUACAGGAAUGGAAAUUCUGCUGACAACAUUAGAGAACACGAAAGAUCUGCAAACUACACUUAAUAUCUUAAACAUUCUUGUUGAGCUGGUGUCAGCUGGCGGAGGUCGAAGAGCGAGUUUCUUAGUUGGCAAAGGUGGUUCACAAAUAUUGUUACAGUUACUUGUGAAUGCCAGCAAAGAAUCUCCCCCACAUGAGGAGUUAAUGGUACAGAUUCAUUCAAUUCUUGCAAAGAUUGGACCAAAAGAUAAAAAAUUUGGAGUGAAAGCUAGAAUUAAUGGGGCUCUGAAUAUCACCCUGAAUUUGGUCAAACAGAAUUUGCAGAAUCAUCGCUUAGUUUUACCUUGUCUUCAGCUUUUACGAGUGUAUUCUGCCAACUCUGUGAAUUCGGUAUCCUUAGGGAAAAAUGGAGUUGUGGAAUUGAUGUUUAAAAUCAUUGGACCAUUUAGUAAGAAGAAUUCCAGUCUUAUGAAGGUUGCUUUAGACACUCUUGCUGCAUUGCUAAAAUCAAAAACAAAUGCCAGGAGAGCUGUAGACAGAGGAUAUGUCCAAGUGCUUUUAACAAUUUAUAUAGAUUGGCACCGCCAUGAUAAUCGGCAUAGAAACAUGCUCAUUCGAAAAGGAAUUUUACAGAGCUUAAAAAGUGUUACAAACAUCAAGUUGGGAAGAAAAGCAUUUAUUGAUGCCAAUGGGAUGAAAGUUUUGUAUAACACUUCACAAGAAUGCUUGGCAGUCAGGACUCUGGAUCCUCUUGUCAACACCUCCAGUCUGAUAAUGAGGAAAUGCUUCCCGAAAAAUCGCCUGCCACUGCCAACAAUUAAAAGUUCUUUCCAUUUCCAGUUGCCAGUCGUUCCCAUGACCGGUCCCGUGGCCCAGCUGUACAAUUUGCCCCCUGAAGUGGAUGACGUAGUAGAUGAAAGUGAUGACAACGAUGAUAUUGAUUUAGAAGCUGAAACUGAAAAUGAAAACGAAGAUGACCCAGAUGAGAAUUUUAAGAAUGAUGAUAUUGAAACAGAUAUUAACAAACUAAAGCCCCAGCAAGAACCAGGACGAACAAUUGAAGAACUAAAAAUGUAUGAACACCUUUUUCCUGAGCUUGUUGAUGAUUUUCAGGGCUAUGAUUUAAUCUCCAGAGAACCAAAGCCUUUUGUGUUUGAGGGGAAGGUACGAGGUCCUAUUGUUGUUCCUACGGCUGGAGAGGAGGCGUCCGGGAGUUCAGGCAGUUCGAGAAGAGGAGCUGCUGCGAAGGAGAAUGUGUCGCCUAGAGGAGAGGAAGGUGAUAGGAAACCUGCCUCGAUGGAUGUUGCAAAAGACGAUACAAAAGACAGUGGCCGGACGCUACAGCCGCCUCUCGGUGAUCAGAGUAGAACUGUUUCAUCAACCCAUGGCUUAAACAACGACAUUGUGAAGGCCUUGGACAGGAUUACCUUGCAGAAUAUGCCUUCCGCAGCAGCCCCAGGGGUGAAGAAGGACUACAACCUCCCUCUCACUGUCCUCACGUGCACGAAAGUCUGUCCGCACGUGGCCACCUGUGGCAAUGUCCUCUUUGAGGGAAGAACAGUUCAGUUGGGGAAGCUGUGCUGUGCAGGAGUUGAAACUGAAGACGAUGAGGACACCGAGUCUAACUCCUCCGUGGAACAGGCGUCCGUUGAAUUGCCGGACGGGCCAACACUCCAUGACUCAGACCUCUAUAUCGAGAUUGUGAAAAAUACAAAGUCUGUCCCAGAAUAUUCAGAGGUGGCUUAUCCUGAUUAUUUUGGUCACAUUCCACCGCCCUUCAAAGAGCCAAUUUUGGAAAGGCCUUAUGGUGUACAAAGGACAAAAAUUGCCCAAGAUAUCGAGAGGCUGAUACAUCAGAGUGAUAUCAUAGAUCGAGUGGUGUAUGACUUAGAUAAUCCAAAUUACACUGUUCCAGAAGAAGGAGAUAUUUUAAAGUUUAACUCCAAAUUUGAAUCUGGGAAUCUACGUAAAGUAAUUCAGAUUAGAAAAAAUGAGUAUGAUCUUAUUCUGAACUCAGAUAUAAACAGUAAUCACUAUCAUCAGUGGUUUUACUUUGAAGUCAGUGGGAUGCGGCCAGGUGUUGCUUACAGGUUUAACAUCAUUAACUGUGAGAAGUCCAACAGUCAGUUUAAUUAUGGUAUGCAACCACUCAUGUAUUCGGUUCAGGAAGCAUUAAAUGCCAGACCAUGGUGGAUUCGUAUGGGAACUGACAUUUGUUACUAUAAAAAUCACUUCUCAAGAAGUUCAGUUGCUGCAGGUGGGCAAAAGGGAAAAUCCUACUAUACAAUUACAUUUACUGUCAACUUCCCACAUAAAGAUGAUGUUUGCUACUUCGCUUAUCACUAUCCAUAUACGUAUUCCACUUUACAGAUGCAUCUUCAGAAAUUGGAAUCAGCACACAAUCCUCAGCAAAUCUAUUUCCGAAAAGAUGUGCUGUGUGAAACCCUGUCCGGAAACAGCUGUCCACUGGUGACUAUCACGGCCAUGCCAGAAUCCAACUAUUACGAACAUAUCUGUCAAUUCAGAAAUCGCCCUUACAUUUUCCUGUCUGCUCGGGUACAUCCUGGAGAAACUAAUGCAAGUUGGGUUAUGAAAGGAACAUUGGAGUAUCUCAUGAGUAAUAACCCUACUGCUCAAAGCUUACGAGAGUCCUAUAUUUUUAAAAUUGUCCCUAUGCUCAAUCCAGAUGGUGUCAUCAAUGGAAAUCACCGCUGUUCUUUAAGUGGAGAGGAUUUAAACAGACAGUGGCAGAGUCCAAAUCCAGAUUUGCACCCGACAAUCUACCACGCUAAAGGGCUGCUGCAGUACCUGGCUGCUGUGAAGCGUUUACCCCUGGUUUAUUGUGAUUAUCAUGGCCAUUCCCGAAAGAAAAAUGUGUUUAUGUAUGGCUGCAGCAUCAAAGAGACAGUGUGGCACACCAACGAAAAUGCCUCUUCAUGUGAUGUUGUGGAAGACAUGGGAUACAGGACUUUGCCUAAGAUACUGAGUCAUAUUGCCCCAGCAUUUUGCAUGAGCAGUUGUAGCUUCGUAGUGGAGAAGUCUAAAGAAUCCACGGCACGUGUUGUGGUUUGGAGAGAAAUAGGAGUGCAAAGAAGCUACACCAUGGAGAGCACUUUGUGUGGCUGUGACCAGGGAAAGUACAAGGGUCUACAGAUUGGUACUCGAGAACUAGAAGAGAUGGGAGCAAAAUUUUGUGUUGGUUUGUUGCGUUUGAAAAGAUUGACAUCCCCAUUGGAAUACAAUCUGCCUUCCAGCCUGCUUGACUUUGAAAACGACUUAAUUGAAUCAAGCUGCAAAGUAACUAGCCCUACCACUUACGUUUUGGAUGAAGAUGAACCUCGGUUCCUUGAAGAAGUUGAUUACAGCGCAGAAAGUAAUGAUGAGUUAGAUAUCGAACUGACCGAAAAUGUGGGAGACUAUGAACCUUCUGCUCACGAAGAAGCGCUCUCUGACUCAGAACUAUCCAGAACGCACCUCCCUUGAGCCCCUGUCAUCUCUUGACCAACCGCAAAGAAGAAGCGAAAUACCCUGCACGGGGAAGCUGAAAUGAGUUUAUAGAGAACUGACUCAAAAGGACAAAAAGUAACUUGGGCCUAUUUGGUUUCAAGACAAUAAAUAUGUUAUUAAUUCGUGAUAAAAUUGGCACUUGUUUUAUUUUAGGUAUUCAAUGCACUUUAUAUAGCAUUGAAUGAUCCAAAACUAGAUUUACUUUUAAAAAGAAACCCGAGUAGCAUUGCAUGGAUUUUUUUUAUCUUGUUAUACUUAUGUCCUGCAGUGUGUCAGAAUAUGACAUCUAAAUUUAGAGCUGUUGAAAUCCCUGAGUCGUUGGUGACCAGUAUAUAUUGUACAUGGAAUUCUAUAGAUGUGUCUGUGUAAGGUCAGGUAGAUAUCUAAGACUGUGCUUCAGAAUCAUGUUAUGGGUUGUGACUGAAAUAUUCCAAGCGUUUGCCUUGAAACCAUCACAUUCUACCUUUACCAAAUUAAGCAAAUAAAAACUCUAUUGAAUGCUGCAUUUAUUUCGUCAUCCUUUUCGGCCAGCUCAGAUGUUUUGGUCCAUAGCACUGUGUGAGAAUCUCUGGACACAUUGAUAAAUUUAGAAAAGAAAAGCCCAAUUUGCUAGUCUUAAGUCUUUUAUGAUGUAUGGGUGUGUUUGUACAUAUCAUAAAAGAUGUAUUUGCACACCUCUUUUCCCUGAUGGUGUGUUUUGUGAGCGUCCCCUGAGUAGUGCUGCUGCUGAUGGGAAAGUCUUGGGGCUGCUGAUGUGAAAGGUAGAGUCCAAGGUGACAGCAGUGGACGGACAGCAUUUUGUGUGGCGAUAGCUUCCUGAAUUGUAGCCACGCUGCUGCAGGAAAUGCCUUUGUCUUCAAGCGAUGGGCAACAGGUUUUGCUGUGACAAAACACACCCCAGAAGGUACUCCAGUAACCGGUUCUUGCCAAGAUGAAGUGUUUGGGCACCCAUCUUCCUUGCUUGUUCCUAGAGUAGAAUAUUUUUCAACUAAUUAUAAUGGAAAAGAAAUUCUAAACGUGCUUCUCAGGUUUACAGUUCUCCAAACCAUUGAUUUUUUUCUUUGUACAACUGAAGGUAUUGCAUCUGUAAUGUAAGUUCUUUUUGUCAUCUUGGGAGCCGUGUUUAAAAACAUAGUAAGGGGCAGCUGAAAGGCACUUACUUCUUAUCCAUCUCAGGAAAUAGAGAUUAACCGGGCUGGGAAAUCGAACCAGUUCUCUAAGUACACAAACCUUAAUUUAGGAAAGAUCAGGAUACUGUAGCAAGGGAAAGUACUAUUUAUUUAAUUAUUUAUAAUUAUAAUAUUUUAAAAUGUAAAUAAUUUACAUCUGUCAUUAAAAUCAUAUUUUUUGCAGAGGGUAGAUUAUGGAGCCAUUACACCCACAUAAGAAUUUUUGGCGGCUUUUACAGAGUUGAAAAUUAGAAACUAAAACCCAAGGUAGCCAUGUAUGUCAGGUAACUAACUACAGUUACUGUCAUGUUCGGGAUGACUUAGCAAUUUAAGUUUAUUACAUUAGCAGUGUAAAAAUCUCUUACUUUGUACUGUUAGAACAUUUUACAUUAAGUAUAACUUUCAGCAUAUAUUGCAAACUUGAAUAUACUUUUUUUAUUAAAGAGAUGGAAGGGAAAGUCUUUAGACUUAAAGGAUGAUUUUUUGGUCAACAGUAAGUAGCUUUGGAAAAAUAAAAAAUAACUUAAUAUCCCAACUUUCCUAAUUAGGACUGUAACUACAUUUUAUUGGCUACUAGUAGCUAAAAUUGGCCUCAUGUUAACUCUGUGGCCUCAUUUUUUUCCCAAAGAAUGGUGGAGAAAAUCUUCAAUACCAUAGUCCUGAAAAUUAAUAUUCUGCCCUGUGCAGCAGUGACAAAGCCUGAUAAACUGAGCCUAAUGAUCCAGUUUAGAUCUUUUUGAUUCCCCUUGUGUUUGGAACUUUGAAUUCUGGGCCUGGAAGCCUCUCCAAACACACAUUGCUGGUGUGUAGAUCAGGGCUGGGGCCCAAGGACCUGCCGCCUGUGCGAGUUCCCAGCUGGUGAUAUCAGUGCAGGCUGUCACCUUGAGGGUCACCAAUUGGUGCAGUCCAGGAAAUAGAGGCACAGAGGUCAAAUAAGGUCACAGGGCCACUCAGGCAGAGCCAGGGUCUCCUGACAACUUGCUCACCUGUUGCCUCUCCCCACCUCCCCAAGAGCAAGGACUGUGCAAAGCCUGAGAGUGUCUUGAAGUUGUGAAAUCUGUCCAGGCAAGGUAGAAGGCAGGACCCUUUGCUUCCCAUGGGCCUUCUGUCCUGGUCCUAGACUUGCUUGAACACAAGAAGAGGAAUCAGUCUCUAGUUUUUUGUAGAAAUGUGGACCUGUCUGAAUUCUAAUUACCGAGUAACCUGGAGUUCUGCUCCAGGUAGGGCACUGAGAGCAGUGAAUAUGCUCUCUCUAAAUUAGCAGCACCCAAAUCAAGAUGACUAUGUUAGUUUAAGCGCUGAAGUGGACGAUAAAUGUAUUAAUGGAAUUGUUUGCAUGGUAGUAAGUGACAGUAACAAAUCUUCAAAUGUAUCCUUAUCAAUCUUGUUCUCCUAGUCAGACCUUAAACAUUGCAAAGUAUUGAAUAGCGAUGCAUUUUUUUUUUCUUGUUUUGGUGAAGGUUUAGUAGCUGUAUACAAACUCGAGUUCUUUCCGCGAGGAAAAACCUGUUGAAACAGUAUUUCUACUUGAUGCAAUAGAAUGUCACUGAUAAGUAAUACUUCUCUGAUUAAAGUCUCUUUAACCCUCGAGAUGUCCCCUGUCAGCCGUGUUUACAGAGCACUCUUACGUGCCUGUCCUGGGCAGCUGUGAGUGUGCAGUAACUCAGGUCUGUGGUCACCCCUUCCUUCCACAAAGUCCUGUUGACAAGGCAGACUCCCGAAAUCCUCUGUCAGAUCUGUUUCUUCAGAGCUUGGCUGAAUGUUGGGCACAUUGAAUGAUUAGCCUUUUUUCCCCCCAAUUUGAGAUUGCCGACUACGUAUGGCCCACAUCCAAGCAAUGGACUCUCUUAGCAAUGGCAUUUCUGGGGCCACACAGGGACUUGGAUGUGGUUGGCGGUUUGUUGAGUACUGUGGUGAUCUUUGUGGAUGUGCUUUUGUGAACACACAUACAAACCCCUGUGAAGUGGGCAUGGAUUUGUGGUACUCUGCUCCUUGAAAUCCUAGAAGACUUUAAAAGGUCAGAGAUGUAGCCAGGUGUACAACUGUUCCUUUUAAAGACAUCAUUGAUAAAAAAUACUGAGUAUGAGGUGCACGGCUGCAGAAACCUGGUCUGAGUAAUUAUGAUGCAUGAUCCUGCAAAUGUUUGUAAUGUACUUUGAAAUCAUAAAAAGAUCCUUAAGAAAUGGCACAUGUGAAGAAAUUGUAAAAGGCAGAAGAUGCUUGUUGCUGAAAAUUGAAAUAGAAAAGACUAGAGUUUAAUAAAAGU